AUGAAGUCUAAAAAAUCAAAAAGCAAUAAUAACGAAGAUACCAAUGUCCGUAAUAAUCAAAGUAAUGCUCUCAAUUUUAUAAAGAAUCGACUCUUUCAAAGCAACAAUUAUCAAAAAUCAUUGGAAAGACAAUCUUUAUCACUUACGAUCCAGCCCUUGGUUAUUCCUCAACAACAACAACAACAACAGCAAGAUAAACCUCUGUCGAGAUCCUUUGACGAACAGUCGAUCUCAGAUCUAACUGAUCGUGACAUCAAGAACCAAAGACCAAUGUCAAUGAUGGGCAUAGACAAACUCUUACAAGAGGAUAACAAAAAUUUGAUUGGUCGACCAACGAAUAAUGAAAAACGAAAGAGUUUGAUUGUUAUCAAAGAAGGCUAUUUAUUCAAAAAGACAGACUUUCGACCGUUUCACAAACAAGCAAAGUUGGAUAGAGGAUGGAAAUUAUACAAGGUUGUUUUGAGAGGACAUAAGCUAUACUUGUUCAAGAUUACUGCCGAGUCGCCACUACGAUCUCUCUUUCCUUCUUCACCUUCUUUAAGCAUAUCCUCAUCCAGCCAUGAUCUUUCAACAGCAGCUAGUCUAAAACUUGUUUCUUCUGAAUUUGAUCGUGACGCACAGCAGAUUCUUUUUUAUAGUUCAAUCGAUCCAGCACAAGGCCAAGUCUUUAUGGAACUAAAUCCUGUCAACAUGCAAGCGAAGAGAUCGGUUCAGCUUGUUGUUCAUAAUGGAUGUCUUUAUGUUUGCUACAGACCAGACAAGAAGCAGUUGUGGACUAUUGAAGAAAAGAUUCCCAUUCAGCAACUCAAACUGACACAGAUCAAUUCAACUACAGACUUGGUCGAUUCCCCUACAUCGCCUUCUUCCAUAAAAUCUCAUCAAUCAGACCCAUCUUACCAGAAACAGCCCAGUGUGACAUUGUUCAACAUUUCAUACGUCAACAAACCAUUCACCUUGGGAAUCUAUUCAACCCAGUACCAUUACGCUGGUCAAGCAUGGAUUCAGCUGUUUCAAAAUAACAAUCAAAGAAAACCCCCAUUUUUAGAAGAAGACUUGUUUAGUAGCAAAUCCAAUGGCAGCAUUGAGUAUUACGAAUCCCUGCAUCCUUCCGAGACAAGUAUCAAUGCGACCAUACCAGAUCUAGAACCCAGCAAUGACGGCAGGAUGUACGACGCUACACAAAGACACCAUCCUGAUCUACUCCACAAAUCACAGUUGGAUGAUGACGAGAUCAUUCUGGGUGGCACUGUGACAGCCUUGGUUCAAGAGUUGCUGAUGACAGACAAUGAAGAAUAUGUCAACACAUUUUUAUUGACUUAUUCAACAUUUACAACGGGAUCAUGUGUGUUGGAGGAAAUCAAGGCCUUCUUGACACACUCGCCUGGAAAAUUUGACAAUCAUUUACUAGACAUCUUUUCUGUCUGGUGCAAUAAGUUUGCGCUAGAUAUCAUGGGCGAUGUAGCGACUGAUAUCAUAUCUCUCUUGGAUCAUAUAGACUCAACUGACACAUCUAAAAUCAAGGAGCUCGUUCUAAACACGGUAGCUGAAAAUGCUAAAAAUACAGCAUUUUCUGAAACGAAAUAUCAAACCAAUGACCUAAACGAUGAGGAAGAGAUGGAAACGACCGCAAUGGAAAAUAUUCCAGCCGAAGGAGAAGGUUCUGUCAACCUAUCUAACUUGCUCAUCACUGGGCUCACUCCUACCUUAUUCCUGCGGAUCUGUCCAGACAAGUUUGCGGAGCAAGUCUAUUUAUUUCAUUUGACGCAAUACACCAAGCACAAACAAGCUCUCAUGGACCCCCUAUCUUAUUUACCUCGACCCCAAAUUUCGGCAGAGAUGCUAAAUUCCUUAUUGUUCACUACAGCUUCACCUCACUUUUUGACAAAGCUCAUCAGAAAUCAUAUCUUGAUCGAUUCUCAACAAGAACAACCUGGAACAGAUGGCAUUUUGCUAAGAUCACGCUUACUCAACCACUGGAUUUCCGUUGGCGUGAGACUACAUGAACUUGGAGAUGCGACAGGAUGGUGUGCGGUAGCUAUGGGACUCUGCUCGGUGGGUAUUGUCAGACUAAGAGAGGCAUGGAAGUUAGUCAAGCGCGACCUCGUCUCGAUUAUCCUGCAGUGGACACAGGUCCUGACAGAUCACGGACUAUUCGAGCAAAGCUUCUGGUCAGACAGUUGGGAGAAGGAUUUAAAGUUCGCGCACGUGCUCGACCUUGAUCAUUCUCAGACACUUCCAUUUUUUGGCCCUAUUCGACAAGCGGUAGAUCGUCAAAGGAAACACUUGAAGAAACUGUCGAUGCCCAACGUGAUCAAUUUUGAAAAAUGCAGUUGUAUCUACAAGACAAUCCAGACAAGCCUUCAAGCGUGGACACCAAAGCAGCCUCGAGUUGUGGACGCACAGGCUGUGGGCCCGCUUCAAUCAUUUUUUGAACAUUCAGUCACAGAUUUGGUUUCUGUGCCGCACGACUUCAAGUACCUACAAGAGUGCUCGAUUGCUUGUGAACCGAAAAUCUUUGGACAGACAUACGAUCGUCAUCGUCUCUUUCAAGACAUGCCAGGUGUAGCGCCUCCUUCGACCUCUAUACUUCAGUUUCCUGUUAUUUUGGAAAGCUGCAUGUUUUGGGAUAAUGAGGUGCAAAGAACAGUGAAUGAAAGCCCAGGUAUCAUUCCUCCUUACCUUAACGAUAACAAAUCAAACAAGCAAGCCAAUCAGUUAUUCAAUGUAGUAGAAGAGGCAGCCUUGACGCCAUCCAGAAGCACAGACCGGGCAACGUUACGAAAACGGACAUACUCUUUUCCUCCAGGAACUGCCUUGAAUACUGAUGAUGAAUCGUAUGGUAAUGAGAUUUUGGAAGCAAUCAACAGCAAAACUUGGUUGGGCUCCAUUGCUGCAGGCCGUCAACAUUGUACGUACUCGACAAAGGCACUGAUUGAAGCGCAUUGGAAAAGCCGAGGUGCACAGCUUAAUAAUGGAGAAGUUAUCUUGGCUGUUGAGCAUGAAAAGCUCGCGUUUAAAGUCAGUGCGAUACUUCGAAGUAAAGGCAGUAAAGACAGUCUGGCAUUGAAAAGAACGGACUCCCUGAGCUCGGUAGAUAUCCUGAAAGAAGAAGACAAUAACGUCAAGGGUAGCAACACCUCUUUGUCUAAGCUCUUGGUGACAGUUAAAAACGGACAUCUUGUAAACCUGAUUGAAUGUCUCGUGAAUGGAGUAACCCCAUACCAUGACACGCUUAAAGAGCAGUGGCAAAUGAUCACUUUAACUGAAGGAUUGCAGUAUCAGAUAGACAGGAUUGUCAUGAAUGAAAUUGAUUUCAUGAAUGUGUUCUUUACUGCCUAUCGCAGCUACAGUUCGACCAUGUCCUUAUUGACCAUGCUUCAAAAGAAAUUUAUGGACGCUAAAUUGAACAGCAAGCUGACAGCAAAACGAAAGAAUCCUUCUCUAACACUGCUCGAGACCUAUUUUCCUUCAGACAAGACAAAGCAAGACACGACUGCGACACAACAACAAGGCGAUAAAGAUAGUAUUGAGGUUAAGUCAUAUGAUUGGAAACAGGUUGCUUCUACGCAGAUGAAAAUAAUCGAUCUGUUGCUUUACUGGAUUGAUGAACAUCCCUAUGACUUUAUAGAUGAACCACAAUCUCUUCAACUUGUCAACAUAUUCUUAAGAAAGGCGCAGGGUAAUCUUGACAGCUGGCGUGCGCAUUUGGAACGCUACUUGCUUAAUGAAAACGAUGGCAAUGUAAACGACGAUGAAAUCAUGAAACGCAGAAAUUUGAUAAAGGCUCUGAACAUCAGUAACGAUAUUCGAGAAAAGAUACACAAGCUAGAAUAUCGAUUUAUUCAAACUAGUCUAAUGCCUUGCUAUGACAUGAAAUCAAUCGAGUUUAAUCCAGAAUGCCUUCAUAGCGCCCAAGAAGUGUAUCACGAGCUGAUGCAAGGAUCACAAUUUUAUGUCAGUACGCUGCAACUUGCUACGAGCGACAGAACACCUUUAUCUGUAAGCCCUUCGCCUGUAGAUCCAGAUGCUGCCAGCCUUGUUGAUAGAUAUCCACCCGAGGUCUUGCUCGAACAAGUUGACAAGUGUGUUUGUCAGUUAUUUGAAGCUGCCACGUUCCAAGAUUGGGCUCAGACCUUUGAUAUUCUUGAAGUACAGUGUAACGAUCUAUAUGCAUGGCUGCCUGCCCGAAAGCCUAGUCGUCUUUCCAAGCUAUGGACAUCUUUUACAGUUGUGAGCGAUGCACCCUCGUUCCAUGUAUCCGAUUAUCACGUUCCAGCAGAUGAAAUUGUCAUUUCAGAUAUCUUUACAGCAAUCCAAGGAGCGAAACGACCCGUCAUAUCUCCUUCAGCAUUCUCUGAUGACGAUUUUCUACUCGCCUUCCCAAGCUCGAUACAGUACCUUUACUGCAUGCAUCUCAUCAUCCGUAGCUGGGCCAUUCAGGAAAUGACUUCGCUCAAGAUUGACAUCAAGACGAGAAUAUCGCGUAUCAAAAAAUUCCUACAUACUGUCCUUCUCAGCAAAAUGUGCAGCGAAGAGAUGUCGCUUUUCCCAGAGCUAAAGGGGUCUGAAUCAGCUACCAAGAAGAGAGUGCCUGGGUUCGUCGAGAACGCUGUUGCCAGUGCCCUCGUCAGCCCUGAGGUAAGACUGUUUACGAAAGCUUGGAAUGAUAUAGCUCUCCAAUAUGGCCACAGCAGUCUGGACUCACUCGAGAACCUGCUAAACAGGAUGAAACAGUCCAUGGACAGGAAAGAGUUUUCUACGCUCGCUUCAUUCCCCAAGAGCCAGUCUGUCCUUGUUCCUAGUCUGGGCUGGAUAUUUGAACGAAUCAUAGAGAUCUGCUUUUUAAUGCCUGACGCGGUUGACAAAAAGGAUACUACCAUCAACUUUGAUAAAAGACGAUAUCUCCAUCACUUCUUGCACUUGAUUAUUAACGUACAGAUGGACAUUAACGAGAAAAGAUUGGAAAGCAAAGGACUGAGUAUGUCUUUUCUGAUAUCACCAAACACAUCCAAUACAUCUUGGAAAGAGCUGAAGGAAUAUGCUGCAUUUGAAAGUAGAAAGAACGCGUCUCAGGGCAGUUCAUCCGGUAAAGGCCUACGCGGUCCUUCAAGCAAAUCACACGCGUCAAAGACGGCCAUCUUUAGCGUCCUAGUAGCAAAGCAAACAGAAAAACUAAAGAGAGAUUUUAAGGAAAGAGAUCGUAUCGACAAAGGUUGGCUCACGUUUCAACACAAACAGCAAAAGAAACAGCUAGAACAAGCCAGGGCAGUUGAAAGACACGAACGACCACAGAGCAUGAUGCCACGACUCAACUCAUUCUUCAAGGGGCUUCGACCGCCUUCUCUCGUGUCUUCGCCCAUUCACCAUAUAUUCCCUAUCAGCAACAACCACGAUCAGCUUGCUGCUACUAAAGCAUCGACGGUCAUCAAUCUGAUCCACUCCACGACAUCCGUCGCCAGUACGUACAUGAAGAGAGAUUUUGUGUUUCGUAUUGUCACAGAAGAAGGCGGACAGUACCUGUUCCAAGCGAUGAACCGUGAAGACAUGUAUGAUUGGAUGCGACAGAUAAACGACACUGCACGAGAAGGAGCGGCCAAGCGUCAAAGCAUAUUAAUUGCCGAAUCAAUGGAUAAUGAAUCUGAAAGAAGACAGAGCGCUGUUUUGCUCACUGCAUCGAGAAGCCAAACCACAUCUAAUCGAAAAUCGGUCUAUGGCGUUCCUUUAGAUGUCCUCAUGCGUGACGGUCAAGUGCCUAUGAUUGUAGAAAAAUGUAUAAAAGAGAUCGAACGCCGUGGUCUUGAAGAAGUAGGCAUCUACCGUGUAGCAGGAACCGGAUCCAUCGUGACUGCAUUAAAAGCAGAAUUCAAUAAGGAUGUCAACAAGGUUGAUCUCAGUGAUCCCAGAUGGGCAGAUAUCAAUGUUAUCGCAGACGCCUUUAAACAAUUUCUACGUGAACUACCCGAACCUUUACUCACCUAUACAUAUUAUGAUGAAUUUAUUAAUGCAUCAGCUUCUGAAGAUCACGAUCAAAGGGUCUAUUUGAUUAAAGAGGUUUUGAAAAAGCUACCCUAUUCCAAUUAUACUCUUCUCAAGAAGAUUAUUGAACAUUUUAUUACCGUCACUGAUUUCGAAGGCAUCAACCACAUGUACGCAACCAAUUUAGCCAUCGUCUUUGGACCUACUCUUCUACAACCCGCACCAGGGCCUGCAUCAUUUGCUACAACCAUGUCAAAUCUAGGACAUCAUCAAAACAUUGUUAAAUAUCUCAUACUGAACUACCAUUAUUUAUUUGAUGUUGAAAACGAGGCAGUAGAAACAAAGGACGAGCAAGCGUAA